ACAACAACUCUCCCUGAAAUAACUUCACCUACGACAACUCCCCCUACGACAACUCUGCCUACAACAACUCCCUCUACAACAAUAACUCUACCUACAUCAACUCCCCUUACAACUACAACUCCCCCUUCAACAACCACUCCACCUUCAACAACCAAUCCACCCACCACAACAACUCCCCCUACAACAACAACUCUCCCUACAACAACUCCCCCUACCACAACUCUUCCUCCAACAACUCCCCCUACAACAAGUCCACCUACCACAACAACUCUCCAUACAAAAAAUCUCCCUACAACCACUCCACCUUCAACAACUAAUCCACCCACCACAACAACUCCCCCUACAAUAACAACUCUCCCUACAACAACUCCCUCUACAACAAUAACUCUACCUACAGCAACUCCCUUUACAACUACAACUCCCCCUUCAACAACCACUCCACCUUCAACAACCAAUCCACCCACCACAACAACUCCCCCUACAACAACAACUCUCCCUACAACAACUCCCCCUACCACAACUCUUCCUCCAACAACUCCACCUACCACAACAACUCUCCCUGAAAUAACUUCACCUACGACAACUCCCCCUACGACAACUCUGCCUAAAACAACUCCCUCUACAACAACUCAACCUAUCACAUCAACUCUCCCUGAAAUAACUUCACCUACAACAACUCCACCUAUAAUAACUCUCCAUACAACAAUAACUCCCUCUACCAUAACAACUCCCUCUACAACAACAGUUCCACCUACCACAACAACUCUCCCUACAAUAACUACAACAGAUGCACCUACAAAUAUUCCCUUUACAAAUCCCUCUACAAAAUCUCUCCCUAAAACAGCAUCUGCCCUUACAGCCACAAAUCCACCUGAUACAACUUCCCCUACCACAACUCUUCCUCCAACAACUCCACCUACCACAACAACUCUCCCUGAAAUAACUUCACCUACGACAACUCCCCCUACGACAACUCUGCCUACAACAACUCCCCCUACAACAACUCCACCUACCACAACAACUCUCCAUACAACAAAUCUCCCUACAACAACUCCCCCUACAACUCCCUAUACAACAACAAAUUUCCCUACGACAACUCU